CUCAUAAACUGUAAUAGGAAUACGACAUUUUAUCAGUUUUUUAUGUAUUUAGCGUUGAAACACAAGCUUGAAAACUAACUCAUAUAGUGAGAUGGGCCUGUGGAACACUGUACAGUGUACUAUUCAUACUUCUGAUGUUAUGAACUUGAAAAUGAUUAUUAUCUUUGUCUUUAUUGUGCAAGCAACUGGGCUGCCGCUUAAUUGUGCCGAAGACGGUGAAAAAUAUGUUCAGUUUUCCUGGAAAGGAUCUUGUGUUUGCGAGGCAGAUAAUCUUAAAAUGUAUGGAAAUCAAAUUGAUCUUGAGAGUGGAUCACUUAUUGGAAGUAAACCGGAUUGUAUUGAGUAUUGUAAGGAGCUAGAAGGCUGUGAGUACAUUACACAAAACAAGCAUACGCAAGAAUGCUUCUUUAGUACUGGAAAAGGACCUGUAAACGUUACUGAGGAUAAAGGGUAUGUUAACAAGAACGUUAGAAAAAGUUGAGAAAUAAUAUUUGAA